GACCAAGAUCAGCGACGCGGAAAAACAGAGCGUAAACCACACACAUAAGCAAGCGACGAAACCUGGAAUGUCCGGCCUUACAAGCCACACAACACAGGGAUUUGCAGGCUUGCUCCACCACAAAGCUUCCGCUGUCCGCCGUCUCCGGGAGGAACGUGGCACCAGCCGCGCGGCGCGGGGCAGAGCUCGGCGGAGGCGGGUGGCCGCGCGCGGCAAGAAGAAUUGAGAUGGCCAAGGAAACUGUGCUUCUCGCCGUGGCUUUCGCCGCCGCCGCCGCCUUGCUGUGCUCGCGCCCCGCCGUCGUCUCCGCUCGGAAGGUGGGCGAGACGUGCGCGCUGUCGCGGAACUGCGACGCCGGGCUGCACUGCGAGACGUGCGUGGUGGACGGCAACGUGCGGCCGCGCUGCACCCGCGUGACCCCCGUCGACCCGCAGAACAAGGAGCGGGGGCUGCCGUUCAACCGCUACGCGUGGCUGACGACGCACAACUCCUUCGCGCGGCUCGGCACCCAGUCCCAGACCGGGACGACCAUCGUCACGGCGUUCAACCAACAGGACACCAUCGCCGAGCAGCUCAGCAACGGCGUGAGGGGCCUGAUGCUGGACAUGUACGACUUCCGGAACGACAUAUGGCUCUGCCACUCCUACGGAGGCGCCUGCCGAAACUUCACCGCAUUCACGCCGGCGGUGAACGUGCUCCGGGAGAUCGAGGUGUUCCUUAGGAGGAACCCCUCGCAGGUGAUCACGAUCUUCAUCGAGGACUACGUGGAGGCGCCUAUGGGGCUCACCCGGGUGUUCAACGCCUCCGGCCUGACGCCGUACCUGUUCCCGGUGUGGCGCAUGCCCAAGAACGGCGGCGACUGGCCGCUGCUCAGCGACAUGGUCCGCGACAACCACCGCCUCCUCGUCUUCACCUCCAGGUCCGCCAAGGAGGCCGCCGAGGGCUUCGCACACGAGUGGGGCUACGUCGUCGAGAACCAGUAUGGGAGCAAAGGGAUGGUGAAGGGGUCGUGCCCGAACCGCGCCGAGUCGGCCGCCAUGAACGACCUGUCGAGGUCGCUGGUGCUGGUGAACUACUUCCGGGACCUCCCCAACUUCCCGGAGGCGUGCAAGGACAACUCGGCGCAGCUGCUGGGCAUGCUCGACGCCUGCCACGCCGCGUCCGGGGGCAGAUGGGCCAACUUCAUCGCCGUCGACUUCUACAAGAGGAGCGACCGAGGCGGCGCCGCGGAAGCCACGGACAAGGCCAACGGCGGACUGGUUUGUGGAUGCGGAAGCAUAUCUGCCUGCACUGGUAAUGGUACAUGCUCGCCGCGCCGGCGCGGGAGCACGCCGAAAGGCAUCUUCAACAAGACCUCAGACGCCGCGUCGUGGCAGCCGCCGGCCAUGUUGCAGUGGCAGCAGCUGAUGCUGCCAGCCACCUUCGUUGCUCUACUAUUAUGCUUUUAAAUUGGACUCUGAGCAACAUCAGAACUUCAGAUUAGUUGGCAGACUGUAAAUCAUACUAGAUGCAAACUAGAGAUUUCAUGUGUCGGGUCCUCGUCGCACGCUCCAAGUAGACUUUGCUGUUAAAAAUUCUGCAAGGCCACGGCACCAAACGACUGCAUGCAUUGGGUGUGCGUUUGCUUGUAAAUUCGGCCAUUGUAACGCAUAGCUUGCAAAUGAUGUAAUGAACCCUUCGUAUCGAAUAUAAGACGUUUUUUUUACACUAAA